AAUUCGCUGUCUGAUAUGGAUUUCAUUCAUUUCCUCUUUGCAAUGGACAGAUAGAAUUUCUUUUCUUUUCUCCUUGUCUUUCUUUUUUUCUUAGUAUUUUUGUACAUGGACUUUUACACACUUGACCGGCGUCUCCAGUCUACGGUAGACUGACUCGUUUUUUUUUUUGAUUGAGUUUUGGCAGCUUCGAUCUCCACCGUGGCUUGUGGCUGUCUUCGUCAACGGUCAGAGAAUAUGAUUCCACGAACUAUCUCCGAUUGCAGAUCAUGAGUUUUUCUUUUUCCUCAUCGCAAGAUGAGAGUCACUCCACUCUGCACAGUGGCAACGUUGUCAGUAAUACUGCAAAUGCGAAUGAUUCCCCUCAAUCUGACCGGAAUGACGUCGAUCUUGCAACGCGAAUUCAUGCGGCCUCUAGGGCAAUUCAUCACAAGUUACACCACGGUGUAGUUGGCCGUUUACUUCUCGCAAUACCACCAAAUACCAACUCUCCGCAUUUAUAUGCACUAGGCAUUUCACGUUUUGCUAGGAUCUAUUCUGUUUUUGAGACCGCAUGGCGCGAGUACCUCAGCACAUCUUCUCACAGCUCCUCUGCCGAGCUCAGCACAAACGAUCAAGCAAGGUACCAUGCUCUACUCUCCCAGGCAUACAUAUCCACCUUAGCCCGCAGUCAACGGCUUACAUCCGACUUGACGAACCUGAAAACCGAAUGGGGCGACAAUAUCACUACCGCACAGGAAGGAAACGAUGUCGCCGUCCGUGAUACAGUCACUCACGUCACUCAAACAUGUCUCAAGAAACCAUACGUCCUCCUCGCAUAUUCAUGGAUCAUGUACAUGGCCCUCUUCAACGGCGGACGCUGGAUACGCGACCAACUCAUCAACGCCGGACCACAAUUCUGGUUUCAGCAAAACGAAAACAUUGACAAAGCAGAUGCACUUAUCGGACCUUCGUUCCUAUCAUUCUGGUUCUUUGACGACGCUGAAGAUGGCGAAGAUGUCAAACGCGCAUUCAAGGCUGCGUUUGUGGAAGCCUCGCGUAAGUAUUUGACGCAAGACGAAUGUGCGGAUGUGAUCCGCGAGACAAAUGCGAUGUUUCAGCAUUGUCUGAACAUUGUCUCCGAGAUUGACCUUGUGGUUGCACUUGAGCGGGAAAAGAAGGACGAAGAGUUACGGAAUACGAAUUUCCGUGGGUUGAAGGCGUUUGAUAGACAUGUUUUACUAACUGUCAUUAUUCUGGGUGUUUCACUGGCCAUGGCGGUCUCUUAUAAUGGACGAUUCAUGACUUGCCUGGGCUAUUAGAUGAGCAGUAUCGAUAAUGACUAAUUCACAAAGUUGUCUGCUCUCGCUGCGCUCGCGAGACGG